AUUGUUGGAUAUGCAUGGAGCUCAUGUCUACCUCGUUUGACAAAUUCUAUAAAUAUGUAUACGGUGCAUUAGAUGAUGUUAUCCCAGAAGAGAUCUUAGGCAAAAUCACAUUAGCUACUGUGAAAGCACUUAACUACUUAAAAGAAAACUUGAAAAUAAUUCACCGAGAUAUCAAACCUUCCAAUAUUCUUAUGGACAGGAAUGGCAAUAUUAAACUCUGUGAUUUUGGUAUUAGUGGACAACUAGUAGACUCUAUUGCCAAAACAAGAGAUGCAGGAUGUCGACCAUACAUGGCACCAGAUUCCUGCUGCGACUUGAAACCAGCUUUAGGUUUCAUGAGUAGUUUUAACAUCAGUAAUGGGUUUCAAGAAACUUUAAAAACAGAAAAAAUCGGAAACACUGAGGUUGGGUAGCACCUAAAGAGUGGGCAGCAGUCAACGUUUCAAGUUAACGUUUUCAUCAGAACUGGAAGAAGUUGGAGAUGCAACAGUUUGAAGCAAAUGCCAAGGUUGAAGGAUAAUGGGUUGAAGAACAGUAAGGAAGAUCUGUGUAAGAUUGCUUGCUUUUGUUACCCAUGGUGUCCAUGGGAGUUUGAUACGAAGUUGCCAGUUGUGUAACUUGAGAGGGAAGUGGAAGAGUCAAGUAUGUUGGCAUGGGACUGGAGACACACAUAAGCCGGGCCGAAUAGGGA